UCCGGCGGGCCCCCAGGGCUCGAGAGCCGAGUUCCCACCCAAGGCUUGUGGCGCCAGACCUGCCAGCGCCGGGGCUGCAAACCUAUCUCCCUCGCCCAGCGCGGAAGGAGAGCGAAGCCAUGAGCAGUUUGAGGUCAAAGUGGAGGCUGGUCCACCUGAGUAUGCCCAGCAGGUUGGCACAAGAGGACAGUUGACAGGUGAGCGGAGGAGAAGGAAAUGGAUUGAUGUGUGAGGAGAACCAAAUGGGGCACUUCUGAGUCCUGGGGUCCAGGUGUGGCUGGCCCAUCUGUCACAUUAGAGGUCUUCAAUUUCAUGGCUCCUCCCUGAGUGAACCCUGCAGACCGCCAAAACCUUGAAGACUGACAGCAGCUGGAGUUGUGUCAGCUGGCCCACGCCCUACCUAGUCAACAUGGCUGCUGGGAAGGGGGCUCUGUGGAGCCCUUCAGUUGAAAACACACAGCGGCUGGGUAAACCCAAGCAGGGUCAGGGCUGCAAGCUGGUGCUGCUGGAGAAAAGAAACUGCCUGAGCUCUGGAGCUGCCACGGGCAGUGGUGGCCAGGAUGAUGCCCAUGGUGAGCUGGCAUUGUCAGCAACCCCAGGCAUGCUCAAACUGGGAAAGCCACUGGCCCGGAAAGUGUGCUUAGAACAGGGACAGAGUGCCUUCAGGGAGGUACCUCAGCUCAAGAAGAGGCUAGAAGAUGGGCAGCAAAAGGAGAAAGAGCAUGAUGUCCCUGAAGGUCAGCAGCUGACUCGGGAUGUCCCCAGGGAUCCAGCUGGCAACAUGGUCUUUGCUGUGUGGCCCAGCCAAGGCCAAGGGGAGCAGAGAAGCGCCUUCAGCAAACCAGCCAGGUGUCCAGCAGGGAGACCUGGGCGAACAACCUCUGUCUCCCAGGCAGGCAGACCUGCAGAUGCCCUGGGGGAGCUGUUAGGACUGAACACGGUAGAUGUUCCUUGUUGGGGUCGACUUUCAAAUUCCAAGGUUUUGGUGGGUCAUUUCUGGAAACUCCAAACCUUGCCACAAAAUGCUCCUCUCUGCAGCUCCUUCCUGGGUGCCCCUACACUAUGGCUAAAGCAUGCCAGGGCCCAAAUGCCCAUGCCCUCCUCCUCCUCCUCCACUGCCUCUUGGGCCCUCCUGCCACCCACGUUCACUUCCCUGGGCCCAUCUACCCAGAACUGGUGUGCGAAGUGCAACCUCUCCUUUCACCUGACCUCUGACCUGGUCUUCCACAUGCGUUCCCACCACAAAAAAGAGCAUGUGGGGCCUGACCUGCAUUCUAAGAAGCUGAGGGAGGAUGCUGUCACAUGCCCCAUUUGCCAUGAGUAUUUCCGGGACCGCCACCAUCUCUCCCGACACAUGACUUCUCACAGUUAAGAGGUGGCUGUGCACCAAACCUCUAGGUACAGCCCCCAGCAUUUGACAGUGAGGCAGAGAUGGCUCACUAGGGUUUCCUUGGGAAAGACUGGUCACAGUUGUCUGCAGGGUCGUCUGCCUCUGAGUUUUUAUAUGAAAAGCUUGGUCAGAAUUUGAAAAAGACAGCCCUUGGCUAUGAUGUGCUUUGAAGGAAAUAAAGUCCUGAAAUAAAAUGAUGUACUUUGCUAAUCCAGGAUGUUGGGACUACUAGGCACAAAGUGUUUCUAACAGCUUCAAGAAUGGAGCCCUGCUGUGUCACCAUUUCUUUUUCUUUCUAUGGAGGCAAGUUCAGCACUCAACAAAGGCUUGGGAGGCAGACAAAUCUGGAUUCAAAUCUUGGGCCUUUCAUGUACUAGCCCUGACCUUGGACAAACUGCUUUAACCAUCUGAGCCCCAGAUGGAGAUGUAAAAUGGAGAUGAUGACUCCUGUGUUUUAGGGAUGCUGUCAGGGUUAGGUGGGCAGAUGUGUGGAAAAUGGUCAGCAUAGUGCCUGGCACAGUGCCAUUAUUGAAUAAAUGAUAUUUAUUAUUGUCCAGAUCAGUCAGCUGUUACUACAUCACAAAAUUGCAGUGGCAAACAACUGAAAUCAAUUUUUCUUACUCGAGGGUCAGUGGGUUGGCUUGGGUUGAGCUGUCUUGUCUGGGCUUAGGUUGUAAGCCUAAGCCAGUUGUAAUACAACCUGCCCUUAGGCUGCAGGUUGUAU